UAUAGACCCCUGCAUUUUAGCCGUCCCUGAAGCGCAGUAGUUUCACUGACCGUAGACGGGCGAUUGGAUCGGGCGAUGUAGUCAGUCAGUCGUCAGUCAGUCUCGUUGGUCAGUCUACGGAGCGUUCAUUUGCAAAAUGGCUGACCACAAGGAAAGGGAUUCAUACUAUUCACAGACGGAUUUAAGAUCGAAAAAUGAUGAUCCGCCGAAUUCGCGUUUAUUUGUUAUAUGUCACAAGAGUUUGGAAGAAGACGACCUCAGGAAAGCCUUUGAAAAAUUUGGGAAGAUAGAAGAUAUUUGGGUGGUUAAAGAUCGAAUUACAGGCGAAAAUAAAGGGGUUACAUACAUCAAAUUUUCGAAAACGUCAGAGGCAGCUUUUGCUCUCGAAGAAAUGAAUGGGAAAAUGUUGGGUUCAGUUGGAAGACCUAUUAAAGUAAUGAUUGCUUCAAAUCGUGAUCAAGGCUCUGUGAGAGAAACGAACGAAGAAGAAAGAUGGGUUCGUUUGUUUUGUGUGUUACCUAAGUGCAUGACAGAUAGUGAACUUCAACAAGAAUUUUCAAAAUUUGGACCUAUCGAGUAUGCGACAGUGGUUAAGGAUAGAAAUACAAAUGAGUCGAAGGGGUUUGGUUAUGUGAAAUUUAAAAAAGUAUCUAGUGCCGCAAGAGCAUUUGAGGAAUGUGACAGGAAAUAUAAAGCUGUAUUUGCUGAACCAAAAAAGCCAAAACCAGAACACGUUGAUGUAAAAUAUAAUAAUGGAAUAUCUUCUCAUUAUGAUGGUGCCAGUGCCGGUUAUAGUUCAUCAAAUUUUGGGAGAAGUAGUAUUAGUUUAGAAAUUGCCACAAAUUAUCCUAAUUCCGAGGGCUAUACGCAUUUGCAAGUACUCGCACAUCCAGCAUUAAAUCAAGAUCAAUUGUGGAAAUUGUUUGACAUUGUACCUGGAUUGGAUUAUUGUCAUUUAAAGAAUGAAAGAUGUAGAUUGCCAAGAGGCCAGGCUGUUGUAGUAUAUUCUAAUCCUAGUGCAGCGGCGUAUGCAAGAGAAAAAUUUCAUGGUUUUGAAUAUCCCCCUGGUCAUAGGAUGAUUGUGAAACCUGAUUUGUCAAGUGUACCACCAAAAAAUGCAAUAAAAGCUGGGAGUUCUAGUGGCGGAAUUGCUAAUGCCAGGACAGAUUUAGCACAUCUGGCUGAAACUAUUGCUCAAGCUACAUCAUUAAUACAAGCAGCUGGAUUAACUGCACCAAGUUUAGAACAUUCAAUGUGUCUUAAGUUACCACCUGUGCAACCAAUGGCUAGCAUAGAUGCCGAGGUUGCUAAACGGUGUUUUAUUGUUUGUGGGCCUCCUGUACCUCCUAUAUAUGCCAUGAAGGAUGCUUUCUGUAGGUUUGGAAACCUAAUUGAUGUGUAUAUGCUCCCUGGAAAGAAUUGCGGUUACGCAAAGUACGCUAGUGUCCAGAGUGCAAACGAAGCAAUUGAGGUUUUGCAUGGACAAGAAAUUUGUGGGUCCCGACUGAAAGUAUUAGAAGCAGAAGAGCGUAACGUCGGUGAAGAUCGUAGGAAACGACUACGAGUGGACGAAGACGAAAACUAAUUUUUUUUUUGUAUACCUCACUGACUGGUAUACACAAGCUGGACGCACGCAAUAAAAGAGACGAAUUUUAAGACUCACUUGACCACGUCGGGCCCGCAUCCAAGGAAACUACUCCAACUACCUACUUUUAACUACCGCUUACGUUCGCGAUUGCAACAUUACUGAAACUUUAACGCUACUUUACUUUGUCCUUACUUGUCAUUACACGUACACCUGACUUCCCGGUUUUAUUAUUUUAAGAGGCCUGUGCGAAAAGUGAUCUUAAAUAUUCAAUUUAAGAAUAUAUAGAGCACACAAAUCUAGUUAAAUUUGGAAGUUCUUCCUUUGUAACAAGGAAGGUAUAUGAUGCAAUAUAUUCAAGGCGUUUAUUGUUGUUAUAAUAAUAUACGGCAGGUAUUAGUCAGAGGUAAGACUAUUUCUCUAUGCAUAUACUUUUGUAUGAAGUAUAUAAUGUCAAAACGAAAGUUUGUUCCAAACAAAAUUUCUAAAAAAGAAGAAUACAUUUUAUACAUGAAUUAAAUAAAUGGAAGAAUUAUGAAAAUUUAAGGAGAAUAAUAUAAACUUAAAUUAUCUCCAAAUUUUAUAUUCUUGUUCAUGAAACAAGAUAUGUUAUUAUCAAUUGUAAUAUUAAUUGUAACUAUUCGUGCAGGCUUUAAGACGUAACCUGUGCUCUAGAAUUAAUGAAACAAAUUUUUGUUUAUAAUUUAUAUUCAACAUAGUUGUGUAUUAUUCUUUUAUCAAUCGUAGUAUGUAUGAAAGGAGACGUAAACGUAAUUUAAUUCUUGUGUGUGUUCCAAGAAAUAUUUCCGCGAUGUCUAAAGUAACAACGUAAUCCUAAAAUUUUUAAUUCCAAAACAAGAUAUAUUUUUUAUAAAUCAAUACAUUUACUUGCAAAUACUCUACAAAUGUGAUAUUUCACGUAUCAAUUUAAAUCAAGUUAUCAACAAUCAAGAAAUAUAAUCAUAAUGAAAGUGCACCACUUAAUCGAAUGUUUAUGGAAAUUAAAGCCGCUUUUGAAAUUAUGAUUUUUACUUUAGUGACUUGAGAUGUAAAUAAAUAAUUUAGGUCGUACUAUUAACUACAUCUUAUAAUAAUAUUUUAUGCGUAGUCUAGUAGAGAAUUACUUUGUAUAAGCAUCAGACAACUAGAAAGUUACAUUUUUUAUUAUUCUAUUACGAGUAUAUCUUGUUUUGGAUUUGUGAACAUAAAGAUAUGUUCACACGGCAUAGAUAUAUUUCCAGAAAGUACAUCGACAUGUUACUUUUCAUAAUUGGGUCACCUUACGUUGAGAAAAGAAAUUUUUUUUAGGGAGUAUUAUGUCCAUAAUCACAAUUCGUCAAAUACCAAUUAUUGACGCACAACAUGAACGUUUUAUGAUGGACACUUUUGUACAUGUAUUAGACUGUUUCACCCAAUGACCGUACAUGAUAAUGUUUUAGGAGACUGUAACUGACUUAUUUGAUGAUAUUAAAAUACACAGAAAGUAUUCAAAACCUUACACGACUUCCACUUAUUUUUUUUUUAAACACUGAACAGAAUAUCUUACUUUACGUUAUGCUUGUAAUAAUUGGUCAAUCUGACAUGAAUUUUCUUUCAAUUUUCAGGAUACCUCAAGAAUUCAAAGAUGUGUACCUGAUGACUGUGAUAUAGCUGAGUAAGAUGUUACUAUUAUUGUGUAUAUCCAAUAUAUAAAAUACAAAGAAUAAAUUAUAAUUUUAUAUUAUAA